UCAUUUGCGCUGUCGCGAGAGUUGGUGGGCCGGGCGCUGGAAGCACCUCGUCGCUCCGUAGCGGCUGAGGGGCGGGCGCGCUGCGCUGGCUUGGUGACUAACAUGGCGGACAUCUCGCUGGACGAGCUCAUCCGGAAGCGCGGAACGACGACCAAGGGGCGGCUGAGUGCCAGACCAGGAGUUGGAGGCAUCCGAUCUCGAGUUGGUAUCCAGCACAGCCUCCUCAGUCAGCCAACACGCACAGCCACCUUCCAGCAGAGAUUUGAUGCCCGGCAGAAGAUAGGCCUCUCAGAUGCCCGGCUCAAGCUGGGAGUCAAAGAUGCCCGGGAGAAGCUUUUGCAGAAAGAUGCUCGGUUUCGGAUCAAGGGGAAAGUGCAGGAUGCCAGAGAGAUGCUAAACUCUCGAAAACAGCAGAGCAUGAUGCCCCAGAAGCCCCGCCAGGUGGCCGAUGCCCGGGAGAAGAUCAGCUUGAAGAGGCGAUCCCCUGCAGCCUUUGCAGGCCCACCUGUUGGGACAGUGACUCCUGCUCUCAAGCUCACCAAAACCAUCCAGGUUCCACAGCAAAAGGCUAUGGUGCCACUUCAUGCCCAUCCUGCUGGAAUGAGGAUCAAUGUUGUCAAUAACCACCAGGCCAAACAGAACUUGUAUGACCUAGAUGAAGAUGAUGACGUGAUAGCACCUAUUCCUACUAAGCAGAUGAAGUUUGCAGCCACGGGCGGCUUUCUCCACCACAUGACCGGGCUGAGCAGUUCCAAACUCUCCAUGUCUAAGGCCCUCCCUCUCACCAAAGUGGUUCAGAAUGAUGCAUACACUGCUCCUGUUCUCCCCUCCUCUGUGCGAACAAAAUCCUUGACCAACAUGUCCCGGACGCUGGUGAACAAGGAGGAGCCUCCCAAAGAGCUGCCGCCUGCUGAGCCUGUGCUCAGUCCCUUGGAAGGCACCAAGAUGACUGUGAAUAAUCUGCACCCUCGAGUCACUGAGGAGGACAUUGUUGAGCUCUUCUGUGUGUGUGGAGCCCUUAAGCGGGCUCGACUGGUCCAUCCUGGGGUUGCAGAGGUCGUCUUCGUGAAGAAGGAUGAUGCCAUCACUGCAUAUAAGAAGUACAACAACCGCUGUCUGGACGGACAGCCAAUGAAGUGCAACCUGCACAUGAAUGGGAAUGUCAUCACCUCAGACCAGCCCAUCCUGCUGCGGCUGAGUGACAGCCCUACAGUGAAAAAGGAGAGUGAACUGCCUCGGCGGAUGAAUUCUGCCUCUUCCAACCCUCCUGCCGAAGUGGACCCCGACACCAUUAUCAAAGCGCUCUUCAAGUCCUCGGGGGCUUCUGUGACCACACAGCCCACAGAAUUCAAAAUCAAACUUUGAGCAGAAACAGAGCAGAGGAGGGUGGUUCUGUUUCCCAUGGCAAAACUUGUGACCAAUGGGCUGUCGGACUGAAGCCCCCUGAACACAGGAAGGGACACCAGGGAGAGCUUCCUCACUGGAUGGGACCCGCCUUUGUGUUGUGUUCUCCCCCAUGCCCUUCUGUGUGUUCAUGUUUCUGUAGUGUGUUUCCUCUCCCCUCUACCCAUCACCAAGGUAGGCUUGUGUUUGUCAAUGUGCCUCCCCAACCCUUGACCCCAAACUGAUUUCUCACCUAGAAAGGGUACACUGGGUUGGCAUUCUUGUGACCCCGUGGGAUACAGGGCAGGGACUCUUCAGAAGGCAUUGCUUUUUCUGGAGCUUUCCUGUUCUAUUCAAAUUUUUCAGACAAAGCAGGGAAUGGGUGCCUGCUGUGCUAGUGGAAACCAGGGCAGCUUGAGAGCAGUGUUAGGUCACUGGCCUCUUGCCUUCUCAGCAUGGCCGUCUCCAGACCUGACUGCUGGGAUACAGAGCUCUGUGGCGGCCCAGGUAGCAUGGCUACUCUGCUAGGAACAGUCCACUGCCAACUCCUGGGUAACCUAGAAUGAUUUCCGAGUCCAUGUUCCUCUGUUGUUGCUGUGCCAAAUGCCCCAGCCCAGUUUUCAUAGCCUUGUGGGUGCCGCUGCAGGGACUGGCCUGUUAGCCCUGUGGUUCUCACCCAGCAUGACAUCAUCAUCGUAGCGUGGUUGGGUGCAGGUUCCAGCACCCAGUCAGUUAGGUCUUUGACAGACUCCACUGCCAUGCUGUGGCCCUGUGGGCUAGGGGAUUGUUAGGAUGGGAGCUGUUGGCUGCCUUCUGGCUCCAUCAGGGGUGUUGUGUCCACUAUUGUGUGUCCCACAGCACGUACAGAGGAGCAUUUUCCUGGUGGGGUCAGAGAGCAGACAGAGCGUUCUUCCCAGGCAAGCUGGUGAACCGUUUUCUGUAACAUGCUCUAAGGCAGUUGGGGCAAGCCAUAGAACACAGGCUUGCACUGAUGGCCAGGCCAGCAUGGUUCCUGGUGUCAUUGAUUAGUCCCCUUGUGUAUUGUUGGAACUGAAAAGAGAAUUAAAUUGAAGCUGCCAGAGCUGGAGCAGGUUCUAGGAGUAUUGCAAAAAUCAGUUGUGUGUGCUAUGAAAGGCACAAAACCCAGUAAAGAGAACUUGAAUUAAUUAAUGCUUCCGCAGAGUUAGAUCUGCCCAGUUGGAAGGUUCCAGAGUUAAGCCAAACUUGAGUCCUCCCGCUCUGAGGUUGCCCAGCCAGGGAACCUAGGAAAGGUGUCUGGGGUGAUCUACCUUGGUAUUUAGACUGCUGCUUGUUUUACUCCUAAAUGGUACAAACUUAGUUAUCUUUAGCAGCUGGAAGACAUUCCUCCAAACUUUACCUUUCCUGGGCCAAGAGAGCACCUGAAGACACUAGGACUUGACUUCUCAAUCCCUGGGAACAGUUGGGCACAGCUUGGAUCUUGUGUAGCUGAGGGAUGGUCAGUGCCCUGCCUGGUUCCCCUGCUGUUCCUGAGCCAGGAGUGCUGUGGGUACCAGAGUCGAACUGAGUCCAGCUGCAGCCUCCUGGACACACAGUACUUUGGUUUUUCAGUGUCAUCUGGGGAAACCCUUGUGUCCUCCUCCACUUCCCUACAUUGCUCAUCUGUAUCUUGUUGAGAGGAAGAGGCAGUAAGGGAUGGAGGUAACCAUGUAUUACUUUCCAUUUCUAAAUAAACCUUUGUUAUUCCUA